AUGGCUCCCAACCAGUACAUCCUGGCAGCGGACAACAGUCCCGCGCUGCUGCCGCUGCUGCGCGCCAACCCGGACCUGGCGCGCGAGCAGGACGAACAUGGCUACUCGUUGAUUCACGCAGCCGCCAGCUACAACCACCUCGAACUGCUGCGGACGCUGGUGACGGAGCUCAAAGUGCCAGUAGACCUGCGCGACGAAGACAACGAGACGGCCCUGUUUGUUGUGGAGACGGUGGACUCGGCACGCUGCUUGGUGGAGGAGCUGGGGCUGGACCCGUCACUGAGGGGAGACGACGGGUUGACGGCGGCCGAGAAGAUUGCCGGCGAGGCGGAGUUCCCGCAGGUGGCAGAGUACCUCAUGGGGCUGCAGUCGAUGCUGGCGGCAGCCAACGACGUAUUGAAGGAGGGAGAACUGCCGCCGCCGCCCGAGGGCAUGCGCGUGACGAUGGGGGCGAUGCCAGUGGCCACGGUGGAAAACGCCGAGCAGGGCGAGGGCGGAGAAAGCAGCAACAGCGGCAACAACAACAACGACAAUGGUGGAGAGGGCAGCAGCGCCAACGCGUUUGACGACGCGCUGGGUGGCCAGCCGGACCCGGAGCUCCGUCGCCGGAUUGAGGAGCUGGCAGCUCGGCCCGAUUUUCACACAGAGCAAGGCCAGGCGGCGCUGCGGCAGCUCGUGCAAGAUGCGCUCUUAGGCCAGGACCUGACCGAGGACCGUAACGUGCGCCCGCGGCAGGACUGA